AUGCCACGUGGAACAAAAUUAUUGGAUAAUAAAAUUAGGGAGAAAACAUUUUUUUUGUCUGGUUUUUUUUUUCCCGAUAAUUCCUUUCUCUCUUCUCUCCGUCGAACCACGACGAAUCGGUGUCUCUUCCUGGCUGCUCCGACUGUUACCGACGGAUGCGACUGCUGCCGACCGAGCCGGCGAAAUUGACGCCUGUGGAUGGAUCAGAUCGAAGCUGAUUGGCGAUGGAUUUGCUCAGCGGAGGUAAAAUCGAAGAAUAUCUAUAAAUUUUUUUUGGGGUUUUACUGGGUUAUGGCUGAAUUGGUUUAAUCAAAGGGGUUAUUAGAAUCGAUGGUUGCUUUUGAUUCUAUAUCUCGUUUGAUUUAGGCUUCUGUUUAGGUUUGUGGGUUUGAUGAUUGAUUUUGAUGAUAUACAUCGGCUGAUUUAGGGUUAUUCCUUGUUAUGGUUUGAUUUUUUUAAUCUAUCGAUUAUGACAUGAUAAUUUACAGAUUUUGUAGUAGAUAGUGUCAUUGAGAUUGAUUGAGAUUCCAUCCGAUUAUGUUUACUUGGGGUUCAUUACCAAUUUUUUGCUUAUUACAAGUUUCAUGGAUCGUUUUGUAGUUUAUAGUUCUUUUGAUAUAGAAUUGAAUGUUAAUGAUCAUGUUUACAAGUUAUGUUACAAGUUUCAUCCGAGAUCUUGGUUGUAGUUCUUUUGAUAUAGAAUUGAAUGUCAAUGAUCAUGUUUACAAAUCACAUGUUUGUGGUUAGAAGUUAUAAGUUUGUUGUAAUGUGCUCAUUAGUUUUUUCUUGUCUUUUUAUUCUCUGCACGGGGAGGGACAUCAAGAGAAGAGAAGAAGCAGGUCGGUUGAGCGACAUCAUCACCUGCUCAAAUAUCUCUCCCAUUCGACCUUUUAAAAAUACAAGUUUCUUCAUUAGGUCUCUAAUACCCAAAUAACCCAUUUUUAUUAUAAAAAAAUGUGCAAGAGAUCCAUGAGGGUCUCUCCCAUUACACAUACUUAAUCCUGCACGCUCCAACGCAAUUGUUACAUUUUCUUUUUCGAAAAAAAUUGAAACCGGUCGGCUCGAACCAAUCCAAAAGAACGGUUUGGUUUGGGACAAAUAGCGAACCAGAAGCAGCUCGGUCAUCUAAUAUGCAUAUUGCCCGAAUUUUCUCCUUUCCAGUUUCCAGUUCUCGCUGUCCCGACGACGGAGUAUAUCGCUUUCUCUCACCAAGCCCAUAUCGUAUUGAAAUUUAGAUCAAGCUGAAUAUCUACCAAGAUGGUGAACUUGUUCUUGUCUCAACCCAAGUGGAACUGUGAUGCCGACGACAGAAGCAACCUCAACGUGAUUUUGACUCUACUAAACAAAUUGGGCUCUCAAAUUCAAUCAUUGGUGACUAUUGGAGCUCGAUCAGAAGUUAGACUCUGGCUUUGUAGUGCUCUUUCUAGUAUCUCUAUAUCCCGGAGAAGGCAAGUCAAUAUUUUUAUGAGGUUAUUGAGAUCAAAUCCCAGAAAGACGCAGCUUGUAUCUCAGCUCCUGCAAUUGAUGUUUGAGAAGAGGCCGAGGAAACUUGGAUCUGUGUUAGCCAAAAGAAGUUAUUUACUCGAGAAAUUCUUUGCAGGGAAUCCGAAGCGUAUACUAGAGUGGUUUUCUGAUUUUGCUGUUGAUGGUGGGUCUGAUCACAAAAGAGGUGCAAGAGCUUUUGCUCAGUUUGCAUUUGCGAACCGGGAUAUUUGCUGGGAAGAGCUUGAAUGGCGAGGCAAACACGGGCAAUCUCCUGCGGUUGUUGCUACAAAGCCUCAUUACCUUCUUGAUCUUGACGUCCAACGAACCAUUGAGAAUUUUCUCGACAAUGUUCCUGAGUUCUGGUCAUCCAACGAGUUUGCUGAGUCACUCAAAGAUGGUCAGAUUCUGUUCCUUGACACCAAGUUUUUUCUAGAGCUCUUUAUCCGUCUCAUGUACGAAGAGGAUGUGAGUUAUGUGUGGGAUGCUGUAGAGGACUUUCUUAAUGAGGAGUCUUUCUCCUCCUUAACCCAACAUCUCCUUAUCACUCUCGAAGAGCCUGACUUGUGUCAAUUUCUUGAAUUGCUUGGCAACUGUUUCAGUCCAAAAACUGAAUCUUGGGAUUUUGGUGACUCGUCUUGUUGGCUCGAGGUUGUUCUUUCGAAAUAUGCUGACACAGAAUCUAUUGAUGAGCUGUUGUUGCUGAAUUCUAUUAUCAACCAAGGUCGACAGCUACUACGGCUUGUACUUGAUGAGAACGUCAAUGAUGAGGGAGGAAUGUUGAAAGAAACCAUGGCAGAUGUCUGGAGAGGUUUGGAAAACGGCACCAGCUUUACUCUACUCUUGAGAGAGCUUUCAAAGAUGAAAUACACCGAGGCGAUAAAAUUACUUGGGCUACUUUCUUGGACUAUUCACUUCAGACUAUCGGAGGAAUGUCAAAGUGUAGACUCAUGGGAGUCUCUAUUUAGAGAAAAUGGAAUUAAGUUCCGCAGGUCAAGUGACCACUCGUUGCUAAGUCAUAACGGAUUCUCUGAAGAAAGCGAAUCUGACUCUGAUGGUAGAAGCCGUGUUUCUAGAAAGAGGCACAAGAAGGGGAAGAAGAAGAGAAAGAAGAAAAAGAAGAGAACUAUUGAUGAUGAUAAUGAUGAUGAUCUCAUUGAUGAUGAGCUUUUAGGUCUGCAUCAAAUUAGUCGAAGUUGGUUGCUAUCUACUGAUGGUUUUUCUGCAACAUGGACCAGUGUGGAUUUACCGGAAUACAUCGCAAGAUAUUGUUUGUCCACAUGGAUGAAGUGGUUUCUAGCCAGACAAAAAUGAUUCACAACUCAGAGGACAAAAGGGAUUUCAAUAGAUGAUUAGCCCAAUCGUUUCUACUUGCUUUUGUUACAGUGUCGUGUAUGCAGAUCCUACCAAGAGGUCAAAAAAAGUGUGAAACUCGAUACAUUCACCAUAGGUACAACAUAUGUUCAUGAAGAAGCCAUCACUCAUCAGAGCUUGAUUGACAAUGGUACAAAUGAAAAGAUAGCAAAUCCUCUAAGGUCUACGAGAAAUGUUGCAGCAAGGAAAUUUGUGAGUUAAGAAAAGAGGUAUGAAACUGAAUCAUGAUCUCUCGGUAUAGUGUAUGUAACUUGUGGGUUAUUAUUUAGCCAACUAUUCUUUUGUCCACAGCUUCAUCUCGUGAUUCCUUUUAAGAGAGGGCAGUUCAUUUA